CCAGAUCUCACUGAAACUCCGAAAGUUGACACUUGAUUGACCCCAUAUCACAAUCCAUGAAUGAGAACAUCGUUCGAUGACAUGAAUGCUUUAGACCAUUCCAUCAUCGGUCAUGUCAUCAUCACACCAGACGCCACCUCCAGCUUCGGCUGAAUCCCAGUCGCCUACGCAACGACGGGAGCAGGGUGAAGCAGCCUCGCGACCGCGACUUGCGAACCCUAAUCGCCGACGGGACAAACCUCAACUUUCCUGUAAUCUGUGUCGACGGCGCAAAUUGCGAUGCGAUCGCCAACAGCCAUCAUGUUCAAGCUGCCUCCUGAGGGGCCAAGCCUGCACUUACGCAGAGAACCAAGGCCUUGCUAUGCCGCCUGACAGAACAGCCGUACCUAGUCUGCACAAUCGCAUCGUCUAUCUCGAGAGCCUGGUCAAGUCUCUGAUGCCUAAUCCACAAGCCGUUGGCAAUCAAAGCAAUAGCACGAUCGUAGGUAUGCCUCCGCCUUCUGACCCAGGCCGCGUUCGUGAACAAGUCAAUACCUCCCUCGAGGACACUAUGAUGGAAGAGCGUUCGGAGGCCGGGAGCAUGCGCCUCAGUGCCUCCGAAGUUCGUUAUGUUGGAGGCGACCACUGGGCAGCGAUUCUCGACAGUAUUGCUGAUCUCAAGGACCAUUUCGACCAAGAAGAGAAUCUCAGAUUAGCCAACACCCCGGACCAAGCCCAGGAUGAUAGUGGAGGCGACCCUGUAGGAAGACCUCCAUCACCUCACGCUCUCCUUCUCUAUGGUGCCCCGCGUGCAAAUUCACGGGCCGAGAUCCUCGCUGCGCUUCCUCCUAAAAACGCAGUAGAUCGCUAUAUCUCCCGUUUCUUUAACCGUUUGGACCUAGUAGCAUCUUCGGCUGUCCAUGGCCCCACUUUCGUCCGGGAGUACGAGGCAUUCUGGGCAAAUCCAGCUGGCGCAUCUAGUAUAAUCUGGGUUGGUCUACUAUUUAGCAUGAUAUGCCUCGCCCUACUAGCUUCUGAUGCAAGCGACUCGUCUCGCGGAGGCGAAGCGGAGCAGUUACAAAUCAAUCUGUAUCGCGAGAAGAUCGUACAGUGUCUUAUCAUGGGAGAAUACACCAAGUCAGCGCCCUAUGGGUUGGAGACGUUGAUCAAUUAUGUAUACAUCGAAUUUAUGAUGGGUAUUGAUGCCGGAAAAGACAUCUGGUUUUUGCUAGCCCUCGAGGUUAACCUUGCGAUGCGUAUGGGCUACCACCGAGAUCCCAGUCAUUUCCCUGGCAUUUCACCCCUCCAAGCUGAGAUGCGGCGGAGAUUGUGGGCUACUGUUCUAUUAGGCGACACUCUUAUAUCCAGCCAGAUGGGAAUGCCAUGUAUGAUCACGUCUACCCAAUACGAUACAGCCGAGCCACGUAAUCUAAACGACGACGACCUAGACGAAAAUAUGAUCGAGUUACCUCCUCCGCGCCCGGAAACUGAGUAUACGACAACUCUCGGCAUCAUAGCAAGGAGAAGAGUUUUGGUGGCCCUAAACCAUGUCUCCGGUGUUGCAUCAUCAAUCAAGGCCGCUAGCUACACUGACGUGAUGCAAGUUGACAACAUUCUUCGACAAGCUAUAGCUAGCAUCCCCCCACCACUGAGAAUGAAACCAAUAGCAGUCAGUGUCACCGAUACCCCGCAUGUCAUUAUGGCUCGCCUUUUUCUUGGCCAUCUUCAUCUUAAGGGUGAGAUCAUGCUCCACCGUCGGUUUCUGUAUGUGGAAUCAACGUCAAAUGAUGAGGAUACCUUCGCGUAUUCACGGAAGGCGUGCCUAGAUGCAGCAAUUUCUUCAUUGGAGAUCCAGGAUUUGCUCGACAGGGAGUUAUACUCCGGAGGUCUACUCCAUACGAUGCGCUUCCGAGUGGGCUCCCUUAUGAACCAUCACUUUUUGACCGCUACGAUGAUCCUGUGUUCUUUGGUGUAUCGCCGGCAGACCAUGGGCCGACAAGAUGAAAUUUUAAAGGCUUUGCGAAAUACAAGAAUGAUCUGGAUGCGUAAAAGCAGUACGUCAAGAGAGGCGAGGAAGGCAGCGGAAACCAUCAAUAUUGUACUAACGAGGGCAACCGAUGGCACCACGUACGAUGUUGAUCCCAAAGAAGAGGAUAUCAGUACAAGUGGUAAAGAGGCGCAAGACAUAUCGAACAUAGAUCCCUCAAUUGCCUUCAAUGAUGGUGGAAUGGGGCUUGAUAGCCAAGGGAUGUUUAGGGAUUUGGGACUUUAUUCACCCGAUGCAUUUAUAACCCCAGGGGUACUUGGAACAUUCACUCCACCGGGCCAUCCAAGCCGCUCAUUCGAUUUCGAGAUCGGCAACACGGGGAUGGACGGCGCACCAGAGAAUUGGAUAAUGAUGCCAGGCACCAAUUGGUAGCGAUUAAUUGUAGCACAUGUUUGAGUUUUGCAUUGUAACGGUGUAGGAGCCUGCGUGAUUAUUGCAAUUGAUAAGUGAAGAAAAAUGUAGGUACUUAAGGACAUGUUUACCUAGGUACCUAGAGGUACUGGGUAUCUAGUGGGCUUAUCAAACAGGGACUUUAGUUGAUACCUAGUGGAGGUACAUAGA